GAAGAAUGUUUAUUGUGACAUUGAUAAUUUAGGGGGAGUGUUACGAACGUUUGAUGAUUACAAAAUCAUUCAAGUCCAUUUAAAAUGUAAAACGCAUGAGACUGGAUGUACAUGAUUAUAAAUUGAAUCAAUGAAAGGACGUUUACACUAUUAGACAAGUAUAAGUGCAAUAUAAUACUCAAACAAUGAGGACUAAUCUCGUCGCACGAUUAACAUAUGUGAUCUUCCUUGUGGCAGCGAAAGUGACUUCACAAGACUGUCCCACGUACUGGGUGUCGGACAGUCGCGACCAGACUGCGCCCUGCUAUCUUAUCACCAACAAGAUCCAGCGAACUUUCACCGAGGCCAGGAAGUUCUGCAAUAACAUGGGUGGCGAUCUCCUUAUCAUCAACUCCGUGCAAGAAAGGGAUUCCGUAUACGGCAUGGUUCAGACGUACAAGGGCUAUUACCCAACGCACACGGAAUGGUGGAUAGGCAUGACUGACUCGGUUAUGCAGACGGCACAGGCGUGGGUAGACGGCUCUAGUGUAACUCAAUCAUUCCUCCAAUGGUACGGCCAGGAACCGGCACAGUACGACCGAUCAAAGAAGUGCGUGGUGACGUACAACAAUACACUACGUCAUGAGAACUGCGAUUCCACCCAAUACUUUAUUUGCGAGAGAACACGAUCUACCGGUCUGUGGUGUGAUUCCCGGGCCGGGUGGGAAAGCAUCAACGGGAAGUGCUACAAGAUCACCACCAGGGCGCUACCGUGGGACGCUGCUAGAGCAGAGUGUCAAACCAGUAAUGCCAACCUAAUGGUGAUAGAGGACGAUGCCACUGAACAGACUCUGUACGAUUUGAUAGAGUCAAGACAGUCCGACAUGUGGAUCGGUCUUCGAGCAAUACCGGCGGUUCUUGGAUACGCACUGAAAUGGGUGGGACUCAGCAACAAAGACCUGGACGUUAUCCACGCCUACUGGACUCCGGAUAUACAGACCACACAGAACGCUCUGGGAAUCGCAAUCAGCUCUAACGGAACGUCAAGUUGCGUGAUUGCCAACCACACUUCCGGUGCGCGCAACAACUGGCAGAUGGUUGACUGUGGGACAAGAGCGUUCUCCAUAUGCCAGAAACCCUCAGGAAGGUGCGCAUCCGGAUGGAUCCAGCACGGCAUCAAAUGCUACCGGAUUGUGACUGAGGUGCAGACCACACUUCUUAAUGCACAGACAUUUUGCCAGGAUAGAAAUGCAAACCUUCUGACCAUUAAGAGUUCUGACGUACAGACCUUCAUUAACAGUCAGCUAUCGGACCUGCGGCAGAGGCGUAUCAACGCUAUUUGGCUGGGCCUCACAGACGCCUCAAUGAAUCAAUGGACGUGGAGCGACGGAAGUGCUAUUUUUACGCCACCAUAUAGCGACUUCAGCAACCUCAAUGGGCAGACGCUAAACGGAAGUGCCCCAGGUCUUGACUGCAUGAAUAUUUUUACAGAUGACGUGAAUGGAACCUGGCAACAUGCGUCCAGCUGCAACAACAACAACUCGUUUAUAUGUGAAAUCGGAGUAGGAAGACCACCCGCAGUCCCUACCUUGCCUCCUGGUGCUUCAACUAUAGCGCCGAUACAAACUACAGGCGCCGCUUGGAGCACCGAGUGCGGGCCCUUCUGGGUCCUGGACAGCGCAAGCAGCUACUGCUACCGAUUUUCAGACGACACAGUCACGUGGUUUCAAGCGCGAUCCCUGUGUCAGAACGACUCUGCCCAGUUGGCCAGCGUCACCAGCAUCCACGAGCAGAACUUUCUUGCAAACAGCAUGUUUGCGUACAGGUCCCCAGCUCUCUGGCUCGGAGCGAACGACCUGGCAACCAACAAGGGCUUUAAUUGGAUAGACGGGUCAGGAUUCGCAUUCCUCAACUGGUCACCGGGUGAACCCAACAAUUUGAACAAAAUGGAGCAAUGUCUCGAGGUAACAACCGGGGGUCAGAAUGUGGGACUCUGGAAUGACAUCAGUUGUACGUCACAACGAGGCUACGUCUGCAAAAAGAAAAGCUCGCAUUUUCCUACGGUUCUUCCGCCAUCAAAACCGCAAAUUCCAAACGGCCAGAAAUACGGAUGUCCGAGCGCCGAGUGGUUCCCGGAAGUGGAUACGUGCUGGCUCAUCCGGACCGACGCCCUGAGCUGGACCAAGGCAAGAGCAAAGUGUCAGAAUCUCACCAGCGAACUGGCCAGCAUCACCGACGAGUUCCAACAGAACUUCCUGUAUAGCGUCCUCCCUCUGGUCACUCGGACUCGAGACCGAUUCUGGAUCGGCUUGAACGACAUUGGCAACCAGAUGCGGUUCCAGUGGACGGAUAAGAGCCCCGUGACCUACACCAACUGGGCUGUAACAGAGCCCAACAACUUCGGGAAUCGUGCUGAAGAUUGUGUCUCUAUCGAGGUUUGGGACGCCGCACAACGGAAGGGCGAGUGGAAUGAUGACAUAUGCGAGGAGCCUCUGCAGGGCUACAUCUGCAAGCUGGCCAUGGCGGCGGUACCCGCAAACACUCCGCAGAUGGAUCGGAGUAUGGGCUGUACUGGGUCCAAUGGUUUGACGUAUGGCCCCAAGUGUUUUCAACUGUCGCCCGCCGGCCAGGUUGUCAGCUGGAACGCUGCACAAGCCCAGUGUAGAAGCCAGGGCGGCCAGCUGGUCACAAUACUGAAUGAACUCCAGCAAGCGUUCUUAGCCUCCCAAUUAAAGGCCCCGUCCUCCUACUGGAUUGGACUGAGCAACGUUGUCCCUGGAAACACCACCUUGACAUGGGUAAACGGAGCUGGCCUAACAUACACAGCUUGGGCCAGCGGACAUACGGGCGCUGAAAUAAACACCUGCAUGGCGAUGCAGACAAGUUCACCCGGGGUUGGGCUGUGGAUACACCAAGACUGUGGUAACCUGAAGCCCUACAUCUGCGAGUAUCCCCGGGCCGGCUGGUCUCAACCCUCUCAGACUGCAGCGCCCGUCACGGCGCCCUACGUGUGCCCCAGCGGGUGGAAUGACGUCAAUGGAUACUGCUAUAAUGUAUUCUCUACGAAGUUGAGCUGGUUUUCGGCUCGUGUCACGUGUCGAAGUCUGGGUGCUAACCUGGCAAGCUUCCACUCCAGGAGCGAGGAGCAACAAGCGCUUCGUUACGGAUAUUACACGGUGUGGAUUGGGCUAAAUGAUCUGGAUACUGAGAAAGGUUACACGUGGACCGACGGCACGGGUUUGAACUACACGAACUGGGCCCAAGGAGAGCCCAAUGACUCCGAUGGGACCGAUGAUUGCGUGGAGGUCAAUGCAGUCGGACACAACUGGAACGACAACUCGUGCUAUAUCGCAAACGCGUACAUGUGUAAGAUCAUUAAAGGAGUUCCACUUCGGGUCCAGCCGACCAGUGUUCAACCGACCCAGGCUUCCGCAUGUAAUAACGAUCCAAAUUGGCGCUUGUUCAACGGAAGUUGUUAUUACGUCAGCCAACCGCGUGCUUCUUGGUAUGAUGCGCGCGACUUCUGUGCGCAAAAUGGCGGCGACCUGAUGAGCGCACACAGUCUUCAAGAAAACAACUUCCUCAUUACGCUGAUGACAUCAACAGUUGGGUCCGACUGCUGGAUCGGUCUGUUUGACAAAGGAAGUAACCAAUUCGGCUGGGCGGACGGCACACCUGUCGACUACACCCACUGGAGCGGUAACGAACCCAAUGAUGCUUUCGGGUCCGAAAACUGUGGCCAAAUACAAGCGUUCAAUGGCUACUGGAAUGACAACGACUGUAAUGAGCAGUUUCACUACAUUUGCAAACGCCCGCUAGGUGGCGUGACGCCAGGACUGGUUCCCACGACCCCAUUAAUACAAGGAGGCUGUCCGCCCGGAUUUAUUGCUGCAAGCAACGACAACAAGUGCUACAGUGUCAUAGGAGGAACUGACCCGGUGGCUCGCAAGAAUUAUACAGACGCAUUGGCCUACUGCCGACAGAAUGCCUCAGAUCUUGCCAGCAUCACCAGCCAGACCGAACUGGCCGUAUUAAUUAGUAUAUUCCUGAGCGCCGUCCAAGACGGUACGGGAUUGUGGAUAGGCCUUAACGACAACAACAACAACUACCGCUACACGUGGCAGGAUAGUGCGAGGCUAAAUUACACUCAUUGGGAUAAAGGGGAGCCGAACGGCUUUGGAGAGCGUUGUGUAGAGAUUUACACGGACGCUCGCAAGGCUGGUCGAUGGAACAACAUCGUGUGUUCUAAUGUUAGAGCAUUUAUUUGUGAAGCAUCAAGAGCACCAAUCUACACGACACCCGCAAUAUCUGCGUGUGCGGAUUUACAAGGAAACGGAAACCUACUAAACCCCAACACGUUUGACUGUUACAAUGUGCAGAUGACGCCGAUGUCAUGGACGGACGCUAGCAGCGCUUGCGCCUCGCGGCAGAUGACGUUAGCGUCUGUGCUAAGCGUCUACGACCAGGCGUUCAUCGACACCCUCGUGGUUGGCUUCAACUCUCCUGUGUGGAUAGGGCUGUCAGAUCCUGGGUUGACGGGUACAUACACGUGGACCGACCAAUUCCCGUUGACGUUCACAAACUGGGACAAAGGCGAGCCCACGUACACGGCGGGAGAGGGUUGCAUAGCAACGCGCAAUGGGUUGUGGAACGACACUGUGUGCGCUAAUACCUACCCUUCCGUCUGCAAGAAGCCUUUCUUCCCGCCUGCGACUCCCACUCCAAACCUUGGUGGCUACUGUGCCAAUGUGUCGUGGUCACAAUUCGGAAACAACUGCUAUUUCCUCGAACUGAAGCCGUUUUAUUCGUGGUCCGACGCGGAGACCCAGUGCAAACAGCGCGGUAUGGAGCUGGCCAGCGUCAUGAGUAACGAAGAGGAGGCCUUUGUGCUGCGCGAGAUAGACAACAACGACAGGGCCUCCAUCAAUAUAUGGAUAGGCUUCAGGAGAACUGGCGGUUACUUCGUGUGGAGCGACGGAAAUCCCACCUCCUACAUCCACUGGGACGGAUCGCCGUCGGGUCUACCGGGAUACGACUGUGUCAUCAUGCAGCCCACAAACGGCAAAUGGAGCAACAGACGCUGCAUUGAACAUUUGGGUUUCAUCUGCAAGGGACCAAAAUUACCGGCAACGACUCCGACAACAACGAUUUCCACACCAUCUACGACAACUCCUUCAACACUACCACCACCAGCUUCAUCAUCAUCAUCAUCAUCAUCAUCAUCAUCAGCUGCUCCAUCAUUACCAUCAACAUCAUCAACAACAUCAUCUAAGUCACCAGCAGACAUCAUCACCACAUCCCAAGGACAGCUAGGAAGUACAACUUCCAGCACUGGCCCUAAGGCGACCAUACCGAACGCCAAUGAGUUGCAAAAACAACAGCAGAAACAGCUGCCCGCUCUGCCACCGACGAUGAGCGGAGGCGCCGUUGCUGGUGUAAUCACCGGAAUCUUGUUGCUGCUGGCGUUGGUGUGCAUUGCCCUGAUAGUGCUGAAAACUCGAUACGGCGACCGGUACUUUUCCUUCAUGAAAUUCACAAAUCAGCCCGGCAUUGACAAUGCAGCGUAUGACAAAAAUACGGACACCGUCCGAAUGAACGGCGUUAACGGGAUCGAGAAUUCACACUAUGAAACGACGUCAUAACUACAUUGACGACUUGAAUUCGAGCUACAGUUGACGUUUCCAGUGGUUUCGUAAUAGCAUUAAAAACACCGUCUGAUAUGUUAGGCCGGAAUAAUGUUUGAAUAUUUUGCAAGUCUACACGUUCUAUUAAAAAUAGACUUCGUUGUGAUUUUUUUAUAUUUUAAUACCACACAAAGUUAUGUGAUAACCUGUUGGAUAAAACAUUAGAUUAUAUUUUAAAUGCGAUAAGAUUGUAAGUAUCAAUUUGACCUGCAACAAAUAUUCACAUUGGUACCAUGUUUUUAAGACGGCUAAGACGGCGAUUUGUAGAAUGCUUUACAUGAACAUAAAGACUAUUACAAUCUGAUCCAGUGUAUACAACUGUUCGUUUCAAAAUAGGCUCUUACGUAAGGGCAACUUGAGGAUGUUUGAUGCAUUUAUCUUCAUUUUUGUUUUGUUAUGUUUGUUUAUGAAAUGAGUAUUACACUGAAGGACUAGCCUUAAUAUAAACAUAUUAUCAAGGCAUUCUGUUUUCAAAAAGCAUUUUAAAGGGAUCUUUUCACGCUUUGGUAAAUUGACAAAAUUGAAAAAAGUUGUUUCAGAUUCGUAAUUUUUCGUUUUAGUUAUGAUAUUUGUGAGGAAACAGUAAUACUGAACAUUAACCAUGCUCUAAUAUAGCCAUUAUAUGCAUCUUUUGACGAUUUUAAAACCUAAAAAUUAUAAAGCGUUGCAACGCGAAACGAUUGAAUAAUUUGGAGAGUUCUGUUUUUGUCGUUAAAUUUUGUGAAACUACGAAGAUUGCUUAUAUAAGGUAUAAAAUACGUCAAGAAUUUGUACUCGGCGGAAUAGCUCAGUAGGCUAGAGCGUUUUUACUUCAGGACUCUGGCAGGACUCCAGAGGUCACUGGUUCGAAACCUGCUCCGGGCAAUGUUCUUUUCCUUUUUUUAAUUUUUUUCUUGAUUUUUUACUUGAGCUUUUACGAUCCAAUGUUUACAUUUAUCAAUAUAAAGCAUUUAAUGAAUAAGUUGAAAAAAUGCCAAAAUCUGUGAAAAGGCCCCUUUAAUGGUUGUGUAUAACCGUGGUUUUGAACAGUCGUGGUUAAAUGCAAUCUGUUUAGAUUUUUUAUAGUAAUUAUAUUUGCUUCGUAAUAUAGUACUUAUCAUUUCAUACCUAUCGUUUAUCGCGUGUGACAACAUGUAUAAUUCUGACUGACGUUCGUCACGUUUUUCUGUAUUUAUGUGUUCGCAUAAUCACGUUGUCAUAUGGCAUUACAAAUCAUUCAUAUCAAUGGACGGGACGUAUUAAUUGUUUCACUAUUAGUUUAAUUAAUUGUUUCACAUUCAUGAGACUCUGUUUUGAAUGUGAAUAUAUCUGCAUAACACCAAAGGGAUUGUGUAUGAUGCUUAUUUACAAGCAAUCUAAUAUAUAUAUUAUUGUUGUUUUGAGGUUUGAAAAAUUAGCAUGUCAUAAGACCACAACAAAAAAGUCACAUAUUCAUGCAUCCGACAAUGUUUUUGAAUAAUCGAUUUUUCUGCAAUGCCAAUGAUCACUUCGUGUUGAGCACCAUCAUUAAUGUCUUAAUUGCUCUGAUUUUCGUUGUGAUUUUCGUUGUUGCCUGGGUAGAACGUAGAGUUUGGAUGUACUUUCGACAUACCCCAUCGAUAACUUUUGUAAAUAACCAUAUAGUAACAAUCGUAUUUACAGACGCGUGUGUAAUCUAAGCAUUAGUUUUAGAGCAGAAUUCAAUGCCUUCGAAAUACUGACUGUACGUCCCGUGCAACAGGAAAACAUUGCCUUAAUGUCCAUAUUUAAUGGCAUUUUGUAUUUUUUGUAAAGUGUUCACUGAUGUGUAAUUUAUAUUAAAUUUGUAUGUUAUAAUACUCGAUUAAAGUAUGUUGAUGUCUGUGUA